AAUAAUUUAAAAUAAUACUUCAGACAACAUAUAAACAUGUUUUUAACUUUUGUUUUAAUCCUCGUGACUUUUUCAUUCAUCUACUUGUACAUUUUUAAGUACAAAUACAAGUAUUGGGAACGUCUUGGCAUCCCAUAUUCAACUCCUGUAUUUCCAUAUGGAAACACAAUUCUCGGCAAGGAACUUCAUCCGGGAGAACAAGCUUUACGUGAUUAUUUGAAGUUCAAGAAGCAAAGUCCAAUUUUUGGAGGCUAUCGUAUGGUUAAACCUGUUAUUUACGUGACAUCGCCUGAACUCGCCAAAAAUAUUUUGAUAAAAGAUUUUCAUUCAUUUUACGGAAGAGGAAUGUACGAAAACUACCGAGAUGAUCCAUUAUCAGCUCAUUUGUUUAAUCUUAGCGGACCUCGUUGGAAGAAAUUACGAGAAAAAUUAACUCCUGUGUUUACAACUGGAAAAAUAAAAUACAUGAUGCCAACUCUUUUGAAGGUUGGAGAAGAUUUAGUUGAAGUAUUAACGAAUGAAGUGAAAAUUGAAUCGACAAUCGAUAUGAAGGAAUGGAUCGCUCGUUUUACAACUGAUAUUAUCGGUACAACAGCUUUCGGUUUGGAAUGUAACAGUUUAAGAGAUCCUGAUGCUGAAUUUCGUAAACAAGGAAAACGUGUUUUUGCUCCUACAAAUCCAUUGAAAUUGUUGUUUGCUCAAAAUUUUCCUUCGUUUUCUCGAAAUGUCCUUCAUCUAUCACUGAGACCUAAAGAUUUGACUAAAUUCUUCUUAAAAGCUGUUGAAGAUACUGUUCGUUAUAGAGAAGAGAACAAUAUACAAAGAAACGAUUUUAUGGAUUUACUCAUUAAAAUUAGAAACAAGGACAAAUCAGAAGACUUCGAUAAGGAUCAAGACAAAAAAGGAUUUUCCUUACCUGAAUUGGCGGCACAAGCUUUCAUUUUCUUCGUUGCUGGGUUUGAAACAUCUUCAACUUUGACUUCUUAUACCUUGUUGGAACUCGCUUUAAAUCCUGAGUUACAAACAAAAGCUCGAAAUCACAUCAACGAGGUAUUGAAAAAGCAUAAUAACGAGUUAACGUACGAAGCUUUACAAGAUAUGACUUAUAUCGAGCAAUGCAUGAACGAAUCAUUGAGGAAAUAUCCAACCUUGGCUUUGCUUUUCCGUGAGGCAACUGAAAACUAUCCUUUACCAAAUAUGGAUUAUACGAUCAAAAAGGGAACUUUUUGCCUAAUACCUUCUUAUGCUUUCAACCAUGAUCCAGAAUUAUGGCCUGAACCAUCAAAGUUCGAUCCAGAUCGUUUUGAAAACUUUACAACCGCAGUGGCUCAUGAAAAAGCUUUCUAUCCAUUUGGCGAUGGACCCAAAAAUUGUAUAGGGGAACGUUUUGGCAAAAUUCAAACUAAACUUGGGCUUGUAAUGAUUUUGAAGAACUUCAAGAUGAUGAAAUCCGAGAAAACAGAAUUCCCUGUGAAGUUCAAUACGAGAAGUGCAUUGUUAGCUCCUAAAAAUCCAAUUUAUAUCAAACUCGAAAAAGUAUCAACACUCCAAGUCAUGAUUCACGGUUUGCUUUAUAUCGCAGCAAUUUGCGUGGCAAUUUAUUAUUUCAUCUUUAAAUGGCGCUACAAGCAUUGGGAACGUCAUUCUAUCAAAUACGUCGAACCUAAAUUCCCUUUUGGUACAGUAUCGUACGGAGGUGAACUUCAUUGGGGACAAAUUGCUUUAAGAGAUUAUCUAAAGUACAAAAACGAUGGUCCAAUUUACGGAGGAUUCCAAUGUUUAAAACCUUUGAUCUAUGUGAACGAUAAAACUUUGGCAAAGAACAUUUUGAUCAAAGAUUUCAACAUUUUCUAUGACAGAGGAAUUUAUAGAAAUCCUCAUGAUGAUCCAAUAAACGAGAAUCUGUUCAUUAUUGGAGGUCCCAAAUGGAAUAAACUACGUCAAAGUUUGACUCCUGUUUUCACUUCAGGAAAAAUCCGAAAUAUGUUGCCAAUGGUUACGGAUAUCGGAAAAAAUCUAAUUGAAAUUGUUAAGGAUGAGAUAAAGAUCGAUCCUGUUUUAGACAUGAAAGAAUGGGUUGCCCGAUUUACAACUGAUGUCAUUGGCUCUUGUGCUUUUGGCUUAGAAUGUAACAGCUUAAAAGACCCGAAUGCCAAAUUUCGUGAAAUGGGAAAGCGAUACCUUUCCGAUAUGAGUAUCAUUCAAGCUCUGAUCUGCGUAAACUUUCCAACGAUCGCUUUGAAACUCGGCAUGAAAUUCUCACCGCAACAUGUCACAGACUUCUUUAUUAAAGUCGUUGAAGAUACAGUCAAGUAUCGCGAGCAAAAUAACGUGACGCGAAAUGAUUUCAUGGAUUUGCUUAUCAAGAUGCGUAACAAAGAUAAAUCAAACUCUGAUAAGGAUGCCGAACUUGAGGGACUGUCAAUGAAUGAAAUAGCUGCACAAGCUUUUGUUUUCUUCUUUGCUGGAUUUGAAACGAGUUCGACAGUUGUUUCUUAUACUUUAAUUGAAUUGGCAAUGAAUCAGGAGAUUCAAGAUAAAGUCAGGAAGGAAAUUAAUGAGGUUCUUAAAAAGCAUGGAGAUGAAGUGACGUAUGAAGCUUUACAGGAAAUGACUUAUUUGGAUCAAUGUAUUUAUGAAUCCAUGAGAAAAUAUCCAACAUUAGCAAUCCUCCAAAGAGAAGCCAGCCAAGAUUAUCCCAUCCCAAACACAAAUCUUAAAAUCCCAAAGGGAACAUUGACCAUUAUUCCUUCUUACGCUUUCAACCAUGAUCCCGAAGAAUGGCCUGAACCCUCAAAAUUCGAUCCUGAUCGUUUCACUGACAUGAGUUCAGGAUUCAGACAACAAAAAGGCUUCUACCCUUUUGGAGAUGGACCUAAAAACUGCAUUGGCGAACGUUUUGGCAAAAUUCAGAGCAAAGUUGGACUGGUUAUGCUCUUAAAAAACUUUAAAUUCAGCAAAUCGCCAAAAACAGUAUUUCCGGUAGAAUUUAAUACUGAUUUUGAAUUAUUGACAGUUAAAGGCGGAAUUUACUUAAAAGUUGAAAAUCUAGAGUAACCUUUGUGUUUUUUGUCAAAUUUAACAAAAAUAUUUCUAUUUUGUAUAAAAUUCAAUUUUUUCUAAGAAAUGUGUAAGAAAAUCCC